CGGGGCCGGCGGCGGCGAGGGGGGGGAAGAUGGCGGACGUGCUUAGCGUUCUGCGACAGUACAACAUCCAGAAGAAGGAGAUUGUGGUGAAGGGAGACGAAGUGAUCUUUGGGGAAUUCUCAUGGCCCAAGAAUGUGAAGACCAACUAUGUAGUUUGGGGGACUGGAAAGGAAGGCCAACCCAGAGAGUACUACACAUUGGAUUCUAUCUUAUUUCUGCUUAACAAUGUGCACCUUUCUCAUCCUGUUUAUGUCCGACGUGCAGCUACUGAAAACAUUCCUGUGGUUAGAAGACCUGACAGAAAAGAUCUGCUUGGAUAUCUCAAUGGUGAAGCAUCAACAUCAGCAAGUAUAGACAGAAGUGCCCCUCUAGAGAUAGGUCUUCAGCGAUCUACGCAAGUUAAAAGAGCUGCAGAUGAAGUUUUAGCAGAAGCAAAAAAACCACGAAUUGAGGAUGAAGAGUGUGUGCGCCUUGAUAAAGAGAGAUUGGCUGCUCGUUUGGAGGGUCACAAAGAAGGGAUUGUACAAACUGAACAGAUUAGGUCUUUGUCUGAGGCUAUGUCAGUGGAAAAAAUUGCUGCAAUCAAAGCCAAAAUUAUGGCUAAGAAAAGAUCUACUAUCAAGACUGAUUUAGAUGAUGAUAUAACUGCCCUUAAACAGCGGAGUUUUGUGGAUGCUGAGGUGGAUGUGACCCGAGAUAUUGUUAGUAGAGAGAGAGUGUGGAGAACUCGAACAACUAUCUUACAAAGCACAGGAAAGAAUUUUUCCAAGAAUAUUUUUGCAAUUCUUCAGUCUGUAAAAGCCAGAGAAGAAGGGCGUGCACCUGAACAACGACCAGCCCCAAAUGCAGCACCUGUGGAUCCCACAUUGCGUACCAAACAACCUAUCCCAGCAGCCUACAACAGAUAUGACCAGGAAAGAUUCAAAGGAAAAGAAGAAACUGAAGGCUUCAAAAUUGACACCAUGGGCACCUACCAUGGCAUGACACUGAAAUCUGUAACGGAGGGUGCAUCUGCCCGUAAGACUCAAACACCGGCAGCACAGCCAGUACCGAGACCAGUUUCCCAAGCAAGACCUCCCCCAAAUCAAAAGAAAGGAUCUCGAACACCCAUUAUCAUAAUUCCAGCAGCUACCACCUCUUUAAUAACCAUGCUUAAUGCAAAAGACCUUCUGCAGGAUCUGAAAUUUGUCCCAUCAGAUGAAAAGAAGAAACAAGGCUGCCAAAGAGAAAAUGAGACUUUAAUACAAAGAAGAAAAGACCAGAUGCAGCCAGGGGGCACUGCAAUUAGUGUCACAGUCCCUUAUAGAGUAGUAGACCAGCCCCUUAAACUUAUGCCUCAAGACUGGGACCGAGUUGUAGCAGUUUUUGUUCAAGGUCCUGCAUGGCAAUUCAAAGGAUGGCCAUGGCUUUUGCCUGAUGGAUCACCAGUUGACAUAUUUGCUAAAAUUAAAGCCUUCCAUCUCAAGUAUGAUGAAGUUCGUCUAGAUCCAAACGUUCAGAAAUGGGAUGUAACAGUACUAGAACUCAGCUAUCACAAACGUCAUUUGGAUAGACCAGUUUUCCUGCGGUUCUGGGAAACGUUAGACAGAUACAUGGUAAAGCAUAAAUCCCACUUGAGAUUCUGAAUUAUCUGGUUUCCCAUUUUUCUGGAAAUUUGGAUUAAGAAGCAUGGAUAUACCUUGAUCUAAAGACUGAGACUCAAGCUUUAUGAAUUUAUCAAGACCUUACAAAUGAAGAAGGUUACAGAUGAUCUUUUAUAAGACCUUAUUUGAUGCUUUGUGCUUCAAAGGGAUGAUGCCUGUCAUCCAUAUAAGCAAACUUUUUGACUUACAACUAUUUUUUUAAUAUUAGCCUUCUAGUCUGUAAUGGAAAUUGUAUAUUUUGAUAGACGUUUUUUCUCCAUUGGUUUAAUUAGCAUUACUUAAAAUUUGUUUAUUUAGAAAAUAAUACAGGUUACAAAUGUGUGUAUAUUUAGAGGUUACAAGGCUGUCUAAGCCACCUUGCUUCUGAUUUUUCAUUGCUCUGUAGUUCCUUUUAUUGAAAAUACUGUGUUACGAAUGGUAUUAAAUUUUAGUCUCUAGAACUUCCAGAACUAAGCAAAAGGAUGUGACUAUUUUGAAUGACUCAAAAUGUCAACCUGUGUGUAUACUAUAUCUACACUAUUUAAAAAGGAAUAAUGAAAAAUCAAGAACAGUUCUUCAGCUUUGGUCGAAACUGUUUAGCCUUUCCAAGGCUUCCUUAUUUACAUGAAUACAUUUAAUGAAUGUGCAGUCUUCUCCCUGAGUUUGGUGAUUUUAAAACCUAGAAUGAUUUAUUUCUAUCUGUGGUAUCUUUCCACCUGAAAAAUUUCAGAACACAGAUUAAAAAUGUAAUAGGCUGUAGUACUUUUUAUUUUGGGAGCCAAAAUGUGACUUGGGGGAAGGACUAUGUAUUAUCUCUACUGCAGUGUAACUUUAGCUUCCUUAUCUUUUCUCUUAAGUCCACCUUUGAUUCUUAUUCUAUAUGGUAAUAGGAUUUGUAGUCUUUUAAUUCUAGGCAUGUCAAUCUUCGAGUCCUUAUUUUCCAUUAUCCCCUAAUAUUGAUGAACUUUCCCAGGCACCAAAGAACAUACUUGCUUAAUUAAGUGUCUGAACAGAAACAACAUAAAAACAUUGGUAUUUUUAUGUGCUUAUUCAGUAUGGUAUAAAAUAUAAAACCUAUAUUUUAACUUAGUAAAAUAUUUUACUACUUCUCUACUUUAGAGACAAAGUACUGCAUCCAAGGUACAACAAAUGAGCAUUUUCCUUAAAUCUUGAUUUUGCAUUCUAUUACUUACAAGCAACUGGAAGCAUUCACUGUGUAAAGAGUUUUUGCCAUUAGAAUUGUUGUUGAUCAUUCAGUCUUGUCAUUUUUCUCAAAUUUUUUUUUUCAGAGAUCUCUCCUAGGUCAACAUAUUUUUCAUAAACAUAUAUUACUUUCUUAUUUGUUAAGCUGACAUUACAUAGCCCUUUGAAAUUUAAUGCUAGCAUAGAAAUGAGAAGUGUAUAUUAUUUAUUUUUUAAGUAAUCACCAAAGUCCAUACCAAAAGGAGAAAGGAUAUUUAUUCAUAUGGAAUUCACAAGGCUUUUCAAAAGAAAAGCAGUCAGCAUUUUAAAUUAUUAGAUUUUAGUGUAUUUCAAGGUUUCUGCCCUCUCCCUUACUCCUUUCUUCUCUGCAUCCCCUCUUCUUAAAAUAAAAGAAAACAAAUUUGUUCACAUUAUAAUUUCUCAGCAUAUGCAAUUUUAAGGUAUAAUUAUGUAUUGUGUAAACUUGCUCCAUGAUGAAAAAGUCAAGGACUAGCAAUCUGUAAUAUUUUAAUGUAAGCUUACUUGUUAAGACUACUACAAGUGGACAUGAACUACCUUUCCAUAAAGAUUCUUAGUAUUUA